GCCACAGGACGAACCGUUACCUCCUCCGCCCGUGAUUUAGAAGCGAUUAUUGUGUGAAAUAUUGUGUUUUACAUUUAGCGUAACGGGGGAUAUACGUUCAUGUAGGGAGGCCAUCUUUUGCUGUUAAGGACCCUUAUGCGUCGGAGACCAGCCGGGGGCAGAGGGAGACGCCGUUCGGCUGCGUGAGCAACAUGGCUCUGCUUCAGCAUCCCCGGCUGCUGCUCGCCUGUGUUUCGCUGCUGUCCGCGGUCCGACUCACCGACACUCGGUCCUCACCGAUAUCGGACCUGAAAUCUAAAAUAUCAGGGGUGGAGGAGCUUUUAGAGGAAUUCCGCAAGCAGCUCCAGCAGGACCAGGCUUACAGGGCCGGCGAUGUGAUUGACUCCUGCGUGGGCGACUUCAACGCCGUCGGGGAGCGCAUCAUCAGGGCCAAGGCCUCCAUCGAGCAGGGGGCCACCUUCCUGCUGGCGCCGGAGAGGGUCUACACCUGGAAGGACUGUCUGCACGCCUGCUGCUCCCAGCCUCACUGCACCGUGGCGGUGGUCCAGGAGGACCUGAGGCAGUCCGGGGACAGCCUGAGCUGCUACCUGUUCAACUGCACCUACAGGAAUAAAAACGUCUGCUCAUUCGCCCCACAGCAAGGCUUCACCACAUACAGCCGGACUCCCAACACAACGCAGGGACACCUCCCUGUUUCAUCCGGCGGUUCUGCAAGGAGGCCCGGCCAAGGACUCCCUGACGAGGAUGAUGCACAAGAGGUGGAUGAGCCUCCUCGCAGUGACGCUGGGCAGGAUGUGGUGAUCCAGCUGCCCACAGACUGGGCCGUCCUGGAUGGCCGGGACAGCGUGGACGACCGUGGGAUCAGCCGCUAUGAGUGGACUCUUGUUAAAGGGGACACAGCCAUCAAUAUGAAGGCAACUCAUCCAGGUCUGUUGAAGAUCAGCGGUCUCCAGGAGGGUGUGUACACCUUCCAGAUGACAGUCACCGACACCGCGGGUCAGAUGAGCUCCGACAACGUCUCUGUCACUGUGCUGGCACCAAAACACCAAGCAGAAGUGUGCACUGGUCACUGUUCAAACUACCAGUUUAAGUGUGAUGACGGCUGCUGCAUUGACAUCACGUACGCCUGCGAUGGGAAGCAACACUGUCCAGACCGCUCUGACGAGGACUUCUGUCCAAACUUUGACAGCAACAGGAAGUCAGUGACCCACCCUGUGGACCUAUCCAGCCCUCAUCAGCCUGGAGUCCAGACAGAGGAGCCCGAGGAUGGCUCCAUGCUCCAGACUGGGCCCAGGAAGACCAUGGAGAGCAUCAUACCACCUCAGGACAGGACCAAGACUGCUCCUCCGCAAAGUCCCAGCGAACAGAAGGAAUCAGUCAGUCAGGAUCCAUGUGCUGCAGCUCCGGUCGUUGGACCCUGUAAAGGCACCUUCCCACGCUGGUACUACGACCAAAAUGCGGGAGAAUGCAAACACUUUCUGUACGGUGGCUGCCAGGGCAACCACAACAACUUCCUCCAGGAAUCAGACUGUGUCAGUGAAUGUAUACAAAAAAGUCCCUCUUUCAAACCAGCAACUGUGGCUCCUCCCAUCACCAAACAGACUGAGAUAGCUGCCCCUAAAGUCUCCCAGAGCCAAGCAGAGAGCGAUGCCCCCGUCUCAAAACCAUUUCCAGUAAUGGGGGUGCACCCAGUCCCUGAGUCAGGUGCAAUCCUCCCUCUGGCUCUCGGACUAAUCAUCACCGCUCUGCUGCUGCUCAUGAUCGGCUGUCGUCUCAGACUUGUUCGUCACAAGCUGAAGAAAGCCCGACCCCUCACCACAGAGGAGUCAGAUUACCUCAUCAACGGCAUGUACCUGUAGCCAAUCAACCGGGAGGAGCCAGCAAGUAUAAAGAGCGCAGAGAUCUGACAAAGAGAAUCAUCGAGGGGGCCGCCACCAGAGCCCGAGCUGGGACUUUUUAAAUUUGCACUCUAUGUUUCUUGUCUCUAGUUCGUCCUCACUUCAGGCUGGAAACAUCCCAACUCUCUGCUGUCAUGAAUGUUUCGAAGCAUCCCCACGCUGGACUCCUCUGACCGGUAAAUCUGCUGCUGAUAGAUGCUGCCGUCAGCACCGUACUUUAUGUUGUCUCAAGAAAAUCUGAAUCCAUGACGAAGUAUCAACAUUCCUUCUUCGAUGCUGAUGUACUGCUGUCUAUAUUCCCCCAGUGACUUCUGGGAUACAUGUGAGAGGCUCUUUUGUCCGUUUUGUUAAAAAUUAUUUUUAUUCCUUAAAUUGCUUUCUGCCACUUGAUGGCACUGACGUACCAUCUUUGUGCUGUAGGUUUUACCUGAGAGAAACUGAACUGAAGCUUUCGAGUGCCUGUUGAUGAAGUUAUUUUAAGUAUCCCGGAGUAAAGAAUAAGCCAUAGUAAAUUCAUUCUGCCAAAUCCCACUCCUGACCGAGUCUGUUGCAUAUUUUUAUUUAUCAGGCAAACAUUUGUGGACUAUGUACCUGUAUUUGCACAGAUGUAUUCCCUCUAAGUGCUGUCUUUCAUCUGAGAUAUUAAAGUUUAUUAUAUAUC